GCUGAGCAGCCUGCAGAGAAGAGAGAGAGUUGAUUUAUCUAUUUAUUGAACUUUUAUUAUACCAUUUGAGUCUUUGACAUUUAGGGUAAAAAUGGUGACCUGUGGAACUCUGGUGAAGAUCUGGACAUUAGCCGUCGUUAUAGCAGCACUGGGCUGUACUGGGACAGUAGAUGGAGAGAAGCUGGUGUCGUGCUGUAAGAAAGUGUCUAGGACAGAGGUGGCCGAUCCCAUCACAGGCUACUGGAUUCAGAACUAUAAUGCUCCUUGUGUACGGGCCGUCAUCUUUGAGACGGAGAAGGGUCUGUUCUGUAGUUACCAUAAACUACCCUGGGUACGCAGAAAGAUUCAGCAGUUUGAAAUGGCCCGUCUGAGCUCAACAUUUCUCUCGCUCUCCUCUCCAACCUCUCUCACCUCCACCUCCACCCCUACCACGACCUCCUUAACCUCCUCUCCUCCCUCUCUCACUUCCACCAGUACCUCCUUAACCCCCUCUCCCUCCUCCUCUCCUCCCUCUCUCACUUCCACCAGUACCUCCUUAACCCCCUCUCCCUCCUCCUCUCCUCCCUCUCUCACUUCCACCAGUACCUCCUUAACCCCCUCUCCCUCCUCCUCUCCUCCCCCUCUCACCUCCACCCCUACCUUCUUACCCUCCUCUCCUCUUUCUGUUUUCUCCUCUCUUUUCCCUCUUUCCUCCUCUUCUCCAGCUGUACCUUCCUCUCCUCCCUCUCUUUCCUCCUCUCCUUCCUAUCUCCUCUCCUCUCUUUUCCCUGCCUCUUCCUCUCCUCCCUCUAUCUCUUCCUCUCCUCCCUCUUUCUCCUCCCCCCGUCAUCGGGAAUCGACCAAGAAUGCCUCAACUCAACAGUCAACAUCCAACCAAUAGAAUCAUUGCCAAUGGCUGAAGCUCCGCUGAUGUUCAAAACUUCCAAUAUGCAUAUUACAUGUUCAUAUUGAAUAUCUUAUUCAUAUUGAUGUUUUUCAUAGUCUGAUUAUCUAGUUAAACUUGAACUCAGUUGCCAUAAUCAUGUUCAAUGGGUUGUUAGAGUUUUUAUGAAUUAUAUUUAAGACCAGUAUUGUAUGUGUUCAUUUUUUUAUUUAUUCAAGUAUUUAUGGGGGCUUGUAGAACAUUUUUGAU